CGGAAAGAUGCGGGGUAGUCCUGCCUUCUUCGCCAUAUUACUCGGCACGAUAUUCGGCGUCCUCGGUGCGUCUCUCAGCAAGGCGUUGAGGUACAAAGCGCCGGACGAGUGCAAAUGGGUUACCGCGGGCGAUGCCGAGGAUGACGUUUCCUUGGUAUGCCGUUUGAGGACAAUCAACAGCGAACUGGAGAACACAAAUUUCAGUGUUAUACAACCCCAGCACACUGUUCGCUUACGUCUCGAAUGUAGCGACGGUCUUUUCUAUCAGAGUUCCCUAACCGCCGGUAGCUUCAGGCCGUUGGUCGAGCUCCGUGAGCUCGUUAUCGAGUAUUGCAAGAUAGGCAAUCUCUCGGACGACGCGUUCAAAGGUCUUCGAGAGUUGCGUAACUUGACCGUUAGGACGCACAAUACCGAUUGGUCCGCUAUGGCAUUGGACGUUUCGGCCGGUGCAUUCACGGACGAGCUUCGUCAAUUGGAAAAGCUCGAUCUGGGUGAAAACAAUAUAUGGAAUAUACCGGAAGGUGCUCUCUGCCCUUUGAUCAACUUGGAAAUUCUCAAUUUGACGAGGAACCGUUUGAGAGAGGUGACGAGUUUUCGCUUCAAUGCAAUCAGCAAGUGCCUUUCGAGCUUGAAAGAACUCGAUCUUAGCAACAAUAGCAUCGAGUCCCUGCCUACCGCCGCGUUCUCCGGUUUGACCAGAUUACACAGCUUGGAUCUACGGUGCAACGCCAUAGGCUUUAUGGCGGAUCGUGCUUUCGAGGGCCUCUCGUCCCUGGCCAUCUUGAAACUUGCCGACAAUCGUCUCUCCAGUUUACCCCCCGAGCUAUUCAGCGACGCGAGAAGCAUUCAAGAGAUUCAUCUUAGGAACAACACCUUGAACGUGCUACCGCCCGGUCUCUUUGGUGAACUCACGCAAUUGUUGGUGCUUGACUUGUCGCGUAACGAACUGACGGUCGAAUGGGUGAACGCCGCGACGUUCGGUGGUCUCGUAAGAUUGGUCGUAUUGGAUCUGUCGAGUAAUCGGAUAAAUCGACUGGAUCCGACUGUAUUUCGUGAUCUUUACAGUUUACAGAUAUUACGGUUACAGGAAAAUCUUUUGGAGAGUUUACCGGAGAACACCUUCUCCGCCCUUUACAAUCUUCAUACGUUACUUUUGAGUGACAACAGAUUGACCGUAAUAGAUGCAACCACUCUAAGUGGACUUUACGUAUUAAGCUUGCUCUCCCUCGACAAUAACAGAAUCCAUACGAUACAUCCGAGCUCUCUGAAGAACGCCUCGUCUCUCCAGGAUCUUCAUCUUAACGGUAAUCGACUGACAUCGGUGCCGGACGCCUUGAAAGCCACUCCCCUAUUGCGUACUCUCGACCUGGGCGAGAAUCUCAUUUCCGAGAUACCGAGUGGCACCUUCGACCACGUGGCACAACUCUAUGGUCUUCGAUUGACCGAGAAUCACAUAGGGAAUCUUACCAAGGGAAUCUUCGAUCGUAUCAAAGAAUUGAAGAUCUUGAAUUUAUCGAGAAAUCGAAUACAAUACAUCGAGCCAGGAACGUUCGAUGAGAAUCUCAAUCUCCAGGCAAUACGUCUCGAUGGGAAUCAGUUGACCGACAUUGCCGGACUCUUCACCAAUUUACCAAAUCUCGUAUGGUUGAACGUCAGUGACAACAAACUGAAGUGGUUCGAUUACGCGAUGAUACCGACGGGACUCCAGUGGCUCGACAUACAUUCGAACGAGAUACGCGAGCUAGGGAAUUACUUUGAAAUAGAGAGUCAAUUACAAUUGAGUACCUUUGACGCAAGUGAGAACAAGCUAAUGGAGAUUACGGGCAACGCGAUACCGAUGAGCGUAGAAUUGCUCUUUCUCAAUGACAAUUUAAUAUCGAAGGUGCAGAGUUAUUCAUUCUUCAAGAAACCAAAUUUGACGCGGGUCGAUCUGAAGGGCAAUCAGAUACGGAAUCUCGAGCCGUACGCGUUACGGAUCAGCGCCGUACCACCGGACAAACCAUUACCGGAGUUCUACAUCGGUGACAAUCAGUAUCUAUGCGAUUGUACGAUGGAAUGGUUGCAACGCGUAAAUCGACAAAACCAAACGCGAGUUCAACCAAGAGUGAUGGAUCUAGAAAGUAUUUACUGCAAGCUUCUUUACGAUCGCGAACACGCAUUCGUACCAUUGGUCGAAGCGUCCCAUUCCCAAUUCCUUUGCAAAUACGAAACUCAUUGUUUCGCGCUCUGUCACUGUUGCGACUUCGACGCUUGCGAUUGCGAAAUGACGUGCCCGUUGAACUGCACUUGCUAUCACGAUCAAUCCUGGUCGGCGAACGUCGUGGAUUGUUCGAACGGCGGGCACACGAACAAACUGCCCGAACAGAUACCGAUGGACGCCACUCGGCUCUACCUCGACGGUAACGAUCUUCGCGUCGUGUCCAGUCACGCUUUCAUCGGCCGUAAGAAGCUGAAAGUUCUCUUUCUGAACUCGUCCAACAUCGAGAUCGUGCAGAACAGGUCGUUCAACGGACUACGCGACCUCGAGGAUCUUCACUUGCAGGACAACAGGGUUCGUGAGUUACGGGGACACGAGUUCGAGGGAUUGGACGCUCUUAGGCAGCUACAUCUUCAACGGAAUCAGCUCGUCUCGAUCGGUAACGACACGUUCGCGCCGUUACGUUCUUUGAGAGUCCUAAGAUUGCAAAGUAACCGGCUUACGACUUUGGCGGUCUGGACGUUACCUUCGUCGAUUGAGGUCAGCCUAUCGGCUAAUCCUUGGUCCUGCGAGUGCGACUAUCUUCAGAGUUAUCGCGAAUGGAUACGCGAACCGAAUGUUCGUGUAACGGACGCUUCUGAGUUACGUUGCGUUUACAACGUCACGGAGUUCGAAGCCUUCGGCGACGAGACAUUUACCGACGACGAGUUUGGCUUCUCCGUAACGGCAAACGAUCGUGACACGAACGUUAAUGGGAGUGCCAGUUCCUCGUGUACCGGUGCGGUUCCUAUAGACAACGAAGUGCAUAGAAAUUAUACGAAGACCAUCAUUGAGAAACAAGUAUUACAGGACUAUUUGCCGCUUUUAGUUGCAACCCUGGCCAGUUCCUUGGUUAUAAUGUUACUAUGUAUGCUAGCAUUUAUAUUUCGUCAAGAACUUCGGGUGUGGUUUCAUUCGCGUUUCGGCGUACGAAUCUUCUAUAGAAAUCACGAGGUCGAUCGAGAUGAUAGGGAUAAACUCUUCGACGCAUUCGUUAGCUACAGCUCGAAGGACGAGGCAUUCGUAGCGGAAGAAUUGGCACCGGUAUUGGAGAUGGGAAAUCCUUCCUAUAAACUUUGUCUUCAUUAUCGUGACUUUCCUGUCGGAAGUUUCAUAGCCGAUACGAUCGUACAAGCGGUCGAAUCAUCAAGAAGAACUAUCAUGGUACUCUCUGAGAACUUUAUUAAAUCCGAGUGGUGUCGUUUCGAUUUUAAAUCGGCCCAUCAUCAAGUAUUGAGGGAUCGAAGACGUAGGUUGAUCCUAGUACUCGUUGGUGACGUUCAUCAGCGUGAUCUAGAUCCAGAUAUACGUUUGUACUUAAAGACAAACACUUAUCUCCAAUGGGGCGAUAAGCUCUUUUGGGAAAAGCUCAGAUUCGCGUUGCCUGACGUUCCCAAUAAUCAAAGGACCACUCAAAGGAAUAGACAACCGCCGCCUGUCCGACGGCAGCACAACAAUAGGACGUCCAAUGGAUCGCGCACGGUCUCCGUACAUAUAUAAACUUCGACGAUUAAUAAUUAUACUGUUAUCGACUUCGUAGUGUCUUAGUGCGACUAAGUGACAAUCGUCGAUAAUAUCGAUUCUGUGGUUCUCUUUUUUCUCCCUCUUCUUUUUCUUUUUUUUUUCUUCUUCUUCUUCUUCUUCUUCUUCUCUUGUGUGUGCAAUAGAGAGUGUAAAUAUAAAUGAUCAAAGGAGCAAGCUGUAGAAACGAUUAACAUUAUAUAAAUAUAAAUAUAAAUAUAAAUAUAUAAAUAUAUAUAUAUAUAUAUAUGCGAUAUAUAAAUAAUAUACGAACGAGGAGAAUGUGCUUAGCACAAAUCGUUUGUUGUUAUUGUACAUAGGAUGUGAGAGUUGAAUCUCGGUGCUUCUUCCGUCGUUAAUGAAAGAGAGUGAGAGAGAGAAAGAGAGAGAUGUGAGAUGAAAAGAGAAAGAAAGCUCUUGUUUGUAAUGUUCGUGAAUGAGUCCGGUGUGUAUGUGUGUAUGUGAGAGAAAGAAAGAGAAAGAUAUCAUUGAUAGUUAGAUUAAAGUCACGUUGUACAUAUGUUCGUAGUUAUCUUUCGUGAUUUACAAAGUUCGACUUUGCGAUCGAUCGAUCGAUCUCAAAAGCCGAAUUGAUCCCCCUCUUCCUACCCUCAGCCUCAUUUACUUACUACUACCGAGAGAUCGACGCCAUUUAAAUCGAUGGUUCUUUUCUAUUUUCUUUUCUUUUUUUUUUAAUUUUUUUUUCUUUUUUUUUUUUUUUUUCGUAUUGUUUCUCUUUCCUUUGCGCGUCCGCCCGCGAGUCAUGUAUCAUAAUACGUAUGCAAGUGUGAGUACUUUUUGCAUGCGUUCCUUUCUUUUCUUGUUUCUUGUUCUUUUCUUUUUUUAUUUCUCCUUUUUGUUUUUCUUACUUUCUUUCUUUCUUUCUUUCUUUCUUUCUUCCUUCCUCGCGCGCGGCACGAUUUUAAAUAAAUGAAAACGAUUUAUACACGACGAGAAUCGAUUUUUCGUCGAGCUGCGCGGUGAUACCACUUCCUAAAAACAGUAGCUAUAAUAAUGAUGUUUAGUAAUAAUAGUUUUAGUAAGAUUUAAUUUGUGUAUUUAAAAUUUACGCGCAUCGCAAUGGAACGUGUCGGUGAUAAAUAAAAAAAAAAAAAAAAUUGAAUAAAUAAAUGAAUGAGUGAGUGAAUAAAUGAAAGAACGAACGAAUAAAUGAAUGAAUGUGAAUUAAUGAAUGAAUGAACGAUUGAAUAAAAAAAUAAAUAAAUAGAUAAAUGAAAGACGAAAGCGAUUUAAUUUAAGAAAACAAAAAGAGAAAAAGAAACGAAAAGAAAAGACGAAUAUGAAAAACAAUUUGUAAAGUACCGUAAACGUGACCAUCACAAAGAAAUCCUUAUUUAUUUCGUUUUCUUUCUUUAUCCUAUUUUCUGUUCUUUUCUCUUCUUCUCUCUCUCUCUCUCUCUCUCUCUCUCUCUUUCUCUCUCUUUGUUUCGAAUGUUUAGAAAGAAAUUUUCAACGAAACAAAUUUGCAUUGCUUUAGAAAAAUAAAAAUGCGAGAGACGACGAGACGACAGGUUCGACGAGAAAACUUCGAAAUUCGAUCAGCCUCGUUAUCGUUAGACGAAU